CUCUCUUUUUAUAUGUUCCUUGCGGAGAAAACAACACUUUCUUUUGUUAGACUUAGCUAAGUGUGGGCAGAGAUGGAUCGUUUCAAUUCUGAAGCAGAGAGAUCCCGGAGAAUAUUUGAUGACGUUCCAAGGAGAAAGAGAAGCAGGAGGAACCCCGUCACAGAGAGGACGAAGCCCGAAUGUCAGGCUCCACCUUCGUCUCCUGCUGCUCCAGCCCUAGCUUUUGUUGCAAUUAGACGCACUCGUCUCCGUCAGGACGACGUUGGAAUGUCUGUCUCUAGCACCGGCUCCUGCUCCAGCCCCGGUUCCAGCACCGGAUCCAACUCGGUUCCAGCUUCAUUUCCGGCUCUGGCUCCGGCUGGCUCCCGUUGUAGCUAGAGAUUUUGACAUCUGCUUUGUGACCAAU